GUCAUAGUGAUGUUUCACAGUCAGUGGACCCUUGUAGCCCCAAGUAUCUUCGAGAGGUAUUCUCAAAAUUUUUGAUGUCUUUGUAGGUUGAAUUUGAUUAAAUUCAAGCCGACUAUGCACCAGUGCUAAUAUGCCAUUAGAAUGGAUUUUGCUGAACAGUGUGACAGGCGGAUUCAUCCCCAAGCAAAGGCUUCUCGGAUUACGAGGAUAUUCUUUAUGUACACCAUAGGAUUAUUUCGCAACACUUACAGAAGAAAUAAAAUUUCUCAUGAAGAUAUUUUUGAAGUACUGCCGGGUCAUAGCUCGCAAAAAUUGGGAAAUAUGAUAGAAAGCAGAUUUAAAGAAGAUCUAGACCGCUUGGGUACAAUUUCUGUGUAUAGAUUAUUGUGGAAGUGCUUUGGGAAGGAGUAUGCUUUGACAGGAGUGCUCCAGUUGCUCAUGAGGACACUGGUUGUGAUAUAAGACUGUAUGAGAAGCAGUAAAGGAUCUGACAAGCCAGCAGAUUCAAGUUUAGCUAAUAACAAGUAAUGAUGAAUUUGCUCCAAGAUCUUUUGAAUGUCAGUGUAUAUGACAUCCAAUUGGCGCUGAUCAUCCAAAACUGUAGACAUUUCUUGCGUUAAACAAGUCAAGUUUGUGACUGUGCCUCCCAGACAUAAGCCCAUGCUGAUUGUCAG